GUCCUUUAUAUUCACGGGCAAGGCGCUUACAUUGCCUUUACUUUCACCGGUUGAUUCCGUUCUCAUCUCGUACAGUUUGUAGUUUAUCUUAAAAUUUGAGACAUAUAGGUGUUGAGAGUACGGGUGACCCGGUGCUUUUUUUCGCGCAUUUGUCAGCUGUUUCGCAGUUGUUGCUCCGGACUUGAUACGCGGUAAUUGUUGUUUGGAAUUUGGAUAGUUGGGGAUCAACAAUCGGAGGGCUUAUUGUUCACGUGGGUCCACGUGACUACAUUUUUUUUUUAUAGCUGUAAAAAUAUGUAAGGUUUUAUUUGGUGCUUUUCUUUGAGAUUUAAAAUGUAUUUGUAAGGGGUUUGGACUCUGUACUAUAUAUAGAACAAGCUAUAAUCAUGGCUGGAAAAACUGCCAAGGACAUUCGUCAAGCCUACAUUGACUUUUUCAAAUCCAAGGAUCAUGAGUAUGUUCACUCUAGUUCAACAAUACCCCAUGAUGAUCCUACACUGCUGUUUACAAAUGCUGGGAUGAAUCAGUUCAAGCCUAUAUUCUUGGGAACGGUUGAUCCCAACAGUGAUAUGGCUAAAUGGGUGAGAGUUGUCAAUUCCCAAAAAUGUAUACGUGCUGGUGGAAAGCACAAUGAUCUGGAUGAUGUAGGCAAAGAUGUUUACCAUCAUACAUUUUUUGAAAUGAUGGGAAAUUGGUCUUUUGGUGAUUAUUUCAAGAAAGAAAUUUGUGAAUGGGCUUGGGAAUUCUUGACUCAAAAGCUGAAUUUACCAGCUGAUAGACUUUAUGUAACUUAUUUUGGUGGAGAUGAAAAAUCAAAUUUAAAACCGGAUGAAGAAUGCAAAAAUUUCUGGCUUUCUCUUGGGGUACCAGAAAGCCAUGUCUUACCUGGAAGUAUGAAAGAUAACUUCUGGGAAAUGGGUGAAACUGGUCCAUGUGGUCCCUGCAGUGAACUUCAUUAUGAUAGGAUUGGAGGUAGAGAGGCUGCUCACUUGGUCAACAUGGAUGACCCAGAUGUCUUGGAAAUAUGGAAUUUAGUGUUCAUACAAUAUAACAGAGAACAGAAUGGAGAACUUCAGCCACUUCCUAAGAAACAUAUCGACUGUGGUUUAGGUUUAGAACGUCUUGUGUCGGUUAUACAAAACAAACGCUCAAACUAUGAUACAGAUCUUUUUACGCCACUUUUUGAAGCUAUCCAAAAGGGUACCGGUGCUCCUGCUUAUCAAGGUCGUGUCGGAAACGACGACAAAGAUGGCAUUGACAUGGCAUACAGAGUUUUGGCUGACCAUGCUAGAACUAUAACUAUCGCUUUGGCUGAUGGUGGAGUUCCUGAUAAUACUGGUAGAGGGUAUGUGAUAAGAAGAAUCUUGAGGCGUGCGGUCCGGUAUGCGACGGAAAAACUCAACGCGCAACCUGGAUUCUUUGCAACUCUCAUAAACGUCGUUGUAGAACUUCUUGGUGAUGUAUUCCCGGAGGUCAAAAGAGACCCUCAGUCUAUUAUAGACAUAGUCAAUGAAGAAGAAGUGCAAUUUUUGAAGACUCUUUCAAGGGGUCGAAAUCUCCUCAACAGGACAAUCGCUAAACUGGAGUCGACGAAAGUAGUACCAGGAGACGUUGCUUGGCGAUUGUACGAUACAUACGGAUUCCCUGUAGAUUUAACACAACUUAUGGCUGAAGAAAAAGGAUUGACAAUUGAUGUAGCUGCUUACGAGGAAGCCAAGAAACUAGCAAUCAUUGCUUCUCAAGGCAAAGCCGGGGGAGUAAACGAUCAAAUUAAUUUAGAUGUGCACGCGAUCACGGAACUUCAAAAUAAAGGAGUGAAGACAACGGACGACUCUCCGAAGUACAAUUACAAAGUGGCAAAAACUGAGAAAUACGCCGAAUAUACCUUUGCUCCGUGUACCGGUACUGUUCUAGCUUUGCGCAAGGACAAAACGUUCGUAGAUGAAGUCAAGUCUGGCGACGAAGUUGGUGUGUUACUAGACCAAACCAACUUUUACGCAGAACAAGGAGGCCAAAUCUACGAUGAGGGUUUCUUAGUAAAAGUCGAUGAUGAGAGUACGGAGAUUCGAGUCACGAAUGUACAAGUCAGAGGUGGAUACGUCCUGCACAUCGGUACUGUUGGCGAGGGUACUCUGAAGAAAGGUGACAAGCUAUACUUAAACGUGGACACGUCGAGGAGAAGACUGAUAAUGAGCAACCACACCGCCACUCACGCCCUUAAUCACGCUUUGAGAAGUGUACUCGGCACGGAUGCCGAUCAGAAGGGAUCUCUGGUCGCUCCCGACAGACUGAGAUUUGACUUCACGAACAAGGGUGCAAUGACUGCCGAGCAGGUGAAAAAGACUGAGCAGUUCACGAACCUGAUGGUCAAGGAAGACAAGGAGAUCUACGCGAAAGAGAGUCCACUGGCUAUCGCCAGAACGAUUCAGGGUCUCCGCGCUAUGUUUGGUGAAACAUACCCUGACCCAGUCAGAGUAGUCAGCAUGGGUGUUACUGUUGAGGAGUUGGAAAAAGAUCCACUGAGCCCAGCUGGCGCAAAGACAAGCGUGGAGUUCUGUGGUGGUACUCACCUGCAUCGUACCGGACAUAUCGGUGACUUUGUCAUUGCUAGUGAAGAGGCUAUUGCCAAGGGUAUCAGGCGUAUUGUUGCUCUGACUGGUCCAGAAGCAUCAAAAGCCUUGAAGAAGGCCGAACUUCUGCAAAACAACUUGAACCAAAUAAAGAGCAGCGUAGAAACCGUCAAAGACUCUGCAACUUCUAAGGAGAUCGUCAAGAAGAUCGUUGAGCUGACGGACGAUGUGUCGCAUGCUGUGAUACCUUACUGGAAAAAGGAAGAGAUGAGAUCGGAGUUGAAAGCGUUGAAGAAGGCCCUGGACGACAAGGAACGUUCUGCGAAGGCUGCAGUCGCGAAUGCCGUUGUUGAAACGGCAGUUAACAUUAUUGAAUCUAACAAAGGUGCUCCAGUCCUUGUUGAAGUGUUAAACGCAUUUAAUAAUACGAAAGCUCUUGAUGCGGCUUUAAAGAAAGUGAAAGCUAUCUCGCCGGAGACAAGCGCUUUGUUUAUAAGUGUUGAUGAAGAUGAAAAGAAGAUUUUCGCUCUUAGCGCUGUUCCAAAGUCCGCCAUUGCUAAGGGGCUCAAAGCAAACGAGUGGAUACAAGCUAUUGCAUCUAUGAUGCAAGGAAGGGGAGGUGGCAAACCUGAAUCUGCUCAGGCUUCUGGCCCUAACAUUUCUUGUCUAAAGGAGGCUUUGGCCACUGCGAAGACAUAUGCAUACUCAGUUCUUAAAUUGGAAGAAGAAACUAAAACUAGUGUCGAUACGUCCUGUUCUAAAUCCACUUCUGAACUAUCUGUUUACGCAAAUACCGGAAGCGUGAAGGGGUAUUUGGUACAAAUCGCAGCUCGAUAUGCUGGAAAGUGCCUUAAGGUUCAGAAUCAUACAAAAAAUACUCGAGAAAGUGGUCCAAUUGUAUAUAAAGAUGACACAAUAACUUUGAAUGACGGAAACGCUAUUGCCUUUUACCUCGCUGAUGAUCAAUUAAAAGGCACUGACUUGUUUGCUCAAAGUGAGGUUUUGCAGUGGAUGAGCUUUUCGGACAAUCAUAUUCUACCAUCGGUUUGUAGUUGGGUUCUACCUACUAUAGGCGCUGUAAAAAGUUCCAAAGACUCAACCAAAGAAGCGAGAAACAACGUACUACAAAUCUUGGAAGCUUUAAAUAAGACGUUACUGAAGAAGACAUAUUUGGUAGGAGAACGAAUUACUUUGGCUGAUAUCGCAGUAUUUAUUACACUGUCGCCAGCUUACCAACAUACUUUGGAUUUGGAAACGAGAAAAAAGUACCAAAAUACCAACAGAUGGUUUGAGACCAUUUUACAGCAAUCCAACGUUAAGACUGUAUUUGAGGAUUUUAAGUACUGUCAGAAAAAAUAAGUCAUUUUAAUAAUUUUAACAUUUUUUAUUAAAUAAAUCUUAUGCUAAAUCA